UGCACAUAUUCACGGUGAAAAGUCAAUGCAAAGUCUGGAAAGUGGUAGGUCGGGCGAGUGAUGUCGGGCCGUUUUCAUUGAAUCGCAAGAAAAUUUGUCACUAUCAAUUCCAAAACUGAGUUUCUUGCGGUAAAUGUGGGCACCGCUCUUAUAGGAUUGCUAGGUAUUGUUUCUGAAGCACGACGAACAUGCAGUGUUACUACUUGACAGCGUAGUUGUGAAUGUUGUUUUGCACUGUGUCCUCCGUAAAUGGAUACGAUAAUCCUCACAGUCAACCGCAGCCUCAAUUGCGAUUCAGUGCCCUCAGCAGAGCUGAACGAAAAUGGCAUUCAGCUUGCACAAAGACCUACAACGCCGACAGCGAAUAGCAGCAAUGAAAUCGAGGAGGGUGAACUCCCAGCGGAAGAAAAUACAAAACCCUCGGAGUUUGAAAUGCAGACUGACACGGGCGGCCAACAGUUGGAAGUGGCCAAUUCCCCACAGAUUGUCUUCUCGCCGCGGAAGCCAGUUUUGGGCAAGGAAAAAGCCAAACAACGCCUGAAAGCACUUGGCAUACAAAAGAAGAUCCAGAUGGAGUCGCGCAUCAACACAACCCCGAAGAAACCAAAAUCGAAAUCAUCCACAGAGUCCAGCGCUGGCAGUUCGAAUGGAGGAGCCAAGAAGGACAGGAAACUGCUAUCGCCUCAUGAAAAGGCGCAGCUAACGAUCAAGGAAAUUGAGGUUAUGAAGCGAGAAGAAGAGCGGGUGAAAAUCCCUAUCUACUAUAAUGAAGCAAUGAUACACCGGAUAACUGUCGACUCGUACGACAGUAACAAGUCGAGCACAUCGCAACCAACCGUAACUCCUUCUUUGGAGGCGAUCAAAUGCUAUGAGGACGAGGACAACCGUGACGGCGGCGCUAUGAUGGCCGAACGGCGGCACAAGCGAGCGAAGCCUGAAGCCUAUCGGCGCCGUAGACGUAGCACAAGCUCACCCUUUUCAUCAAAAGGAAAACUGAAACUUAGGCGUGAGCGGAGAGGCAGUGGCCAACGUGACUCCUCUGAUAGUCGUCGCCUGAAACGUGAAAUGCGCCGUUCGCAAGAUCAGCGUCCACAAAACCGACCGUCGACUGAGGACGGCCAGGCAGAGAGACAGAGUCGCCAAUUGAGCUUCAUUGUUCGACCUAGUAUUGGUUUCCGCCCUGAAGAAUUCUAUCAAACUGACUUAAUACGGUACACCAGGACCAAGCCCGUCAUCUCCUUCGCAUGCAAUUCCCUUGCACGCGGUUUUAAAAAGAAAUUGAAGUCAAAAUCAAGGAAGAAAUCAAAGAAGAAACGUUCGGUACCGGCGGAUGAAAAAAGUGAAAAGUCGUCGGAAAAGGAGAAGCGCACAAAGAAAAAGAAGCGAUCAUCCCGCUCGAAAGACGGAGAAGAUCUUUCGCUCUCUAGUAAAAAAUCGAAGAAGAAAAGCAAACAAUCUACUCAGGAGAAAGGGCCCAAAAUGGGAAUGCUUUCUUUUGCCGCCGAAGAUUUCAAUUUCGAGGAAGACAUUGAUGAAUUUCCCAUUGCAAAGGAAGAAUCUCGGGAAUUAUCGCAAACGGAAGAGAGUACAUCUAAUGCUGUUUCGUCCAGUAAAGAUAGUCCGCUCCUUUCGAGUCUCAUUCCGGUUCCCGGGGUUUCGUCUAAUGUCGACGACAAUAGCCCCGAUACCGAUGACUACUUACCAAAUUGGGAGGAAGAAGAUGAAGACUCCAGCAAAGAUGAAAUUCCUACAUCGUUUCCAUUAAGAAAAGGAGAGGAUCAAAUGGGAGUCUUUGUUCCAGAUUGUCCUUCCUCAUCGCCGCAAAGCGCAAGUGGCGAUUCUAAUUCAGAGAGCGUGAAAGACGGUCUAGGCACCCCGAUCUUUGUUAACCCCAGCCCGCCAGAUGAAAUAGUCGAAAGUAUGGUCGCCUGUGACUUCGACGAAGACAAACGAUUAAGUUGUGACUUCUUCGAACUUCCGAAAGACAGUCGUCCAGUUGGACAUGAAAGACUACAGCAAGUAGUCAGUGAUGAGGAGAGUUUAACUCCACCGCCGCAAAAAUCAAAGCAUCUAUUUGAAAUGGAGAAUAUUUAUGAGCAGUUUCUCCAGAGUGUUCGUGAAGAUCCUGAUUUCAAAGGUGGUAAAACUGCAGAGGUGACGAGCGAAACUUCUGAUAUCUCCAAGUUGACCAUUGAAAAUCCGAACAAUAGCACUGACGAGGAUGAAUCCGGUUUUCUGUCUCAAUCCGCCCCGGCUACUCGGUCGCCCUCAUCCACAUCCACAUCAUCCCAUUCUCCGUCGUCCAAUUCAUCGUCGAGCAAGAGCAAUGACACUUCGGAUACAGACUCAACGGAAAAAGGGUCAAUAAUGGGGGAUACCCAUCGUAAGAAAAAAAGGAAGAGAAAACGGGUGAAAUCCCCAUCGGAACCAGCUGAACAACAAACAAUAGUGAGCAGCGUGGACGAUGAGGAUGCAACGUCUGACACGGAUGAGCUUUCAGACAUCACAUCCGAGGAUCUCAAGAAGCUUCGUUCUCUCCAGAAACGUCGGGGUAUGCUUAAAAUGAUACGGCAACAGAUCGAUGGAAUGGAUGAGGAAGAUCGACAAUGCCUCUUAGGAUUGGAGAAGCUGAUCAGAGCCGAAAGGCAUAUGCUUCUUCGCAAUCAAGCCAUCAGGCGGCUGCAUUUACGAAAGAAAAUAUUAGGAACAGACUCUGAAGAUUCCAAGGACGAGGAGAGCACUAAAAGCAAUGAUUCUGAACCUGUUACUCCGCCAUCACAAGCUAGCGACAUUAAUGGGAUAAUCUUCGAUGCGAAACGAGAAGCGAUUAAAAUGACGAUAACCAAUAAGAAUUCAAGCCCAAUGAAGAAGCUUCAUACGACCCCAACAAAGCCUGGCGCGAUGCAGGACAAUGCGAUCGCUGACGAUGAUCAAGAUUUCACUGAAAGACUGAUGAAACCAAAGGACAGCAGCAAAUCCAGAUGUAGUCCAACCAAACUAGAUGAGAGAUCUGAUGAUCAAAGGAAGAGUAAAUCAUCAGAACGAUGCGAGCGGUCGUUGUCAUUGAGUCCCACGCGACGUAGUCGAACGUCUCCCAGUAGGGAUCGAAGCAAGGGACGUUCGAAAAAGCGCGACUACAGCCCGGCAUCAAGUCGUAACUCAUCGAGACGUCAUAAAGAUAAAACCAACUCCAGAAUUCAUAGACCGCGUCGGUUUUCCCGGAGUCCGCCACCAUAUCGGUCAGUUCCAUCACCAAGUCACAGCCGGUCGUCUUCAUCGCGCAGCCCAUCACCCAGUCCGCCGCAACAAAAAAAAGACAUCGAUUCUCCUCAAAGGCUACAGGCUUCCGAAUUAUAUCCCACCUGGAAUAUUGAACGCUACUCCCAAUACUAUAUUGCCGAGAGUUACUACUAUCCCCGCGUAAUGUCAAUGAAUGGUUCGGACGAUAAAGCUGAAAACAACCAACCCCGCUAUCCGAAUUCUUACGAUGAUUACUCCCAAUACAACGCAAUUUAUGCCAAUGAAUAUAUGAAUUCGCCAAUCAACUAUCCCUCGGGCUAUCCAGAACAAUCGGAAUAUCCGGAAUUAAGUCGCUCCACAAACGCCACUGCCAACGAAUCGAACUCGUACUUGUCUAUCCCGGUCAUUGGCUCCUCGGACAAUUAUAUUUUUAAACGAGAAUUCGACAACGCUUCGAAUUCCCUACCCAGUCGCAAAAUAGCAAUUACAGGCCAACAGAACACUGAGAUUCUCCAUCAUGACGAGGCGAAAAUUGCUCCAACCAAACCAUUUGCCGUGCAGAAAGGAAACGUCUUGGAGAUCGUACCUGCAGCCACGAUUAGUAGUGUUAUGACGGAAGUAGCCCCCGUGGCAAUUGCGCCCCCGAUUUCAGACAUAAAACAGGAACCUGUUGAAAACGAUCUGGAGCCUCAAGAAACCCCUAGUGUCGAAGAAUCAAAAGAAGAGAACAAAACUGACGUGAAAUCAUCGUUGAAGAAAGGACAUUCUUGGCGAAAUGAGGUGGCGCGUAGACAUGUUGUUUCAGCUGUGAUGCGAUUGAAUAAAGAGACUGAGGAUAGUCCGCGUGGUAUACUUAAGAGCAAAGGGAAUUCGACGAUUUCUGCCAAAGAGAAGAAAAAAGUGCUGUUUGCUGAUGGGAUUCCACCGGGACGCACAAGUUCUGCAUCGUCGGAUGAAGAGGCUACUUUGAAAUUUAUACGGAAGCGACUGAAAAAGAAACAACGCCGUAUGAUGAGUGAGAAUAAGGAGAAUGAACUUCUGGCGGAAGCGGACGUAACAACUACGACAGUAGAAGCGAAAAUUGACCCAGAACUGUGGGAUGCCCCUCCACCACCGCCGCCGCCGGGUUCACCGCCAGCUCACCUUCCUCAACCCAUCCUCAUUCGCCCCGCUAGCCCCGAAGAGCUGCUCUACUUUCACUUUGAUCCAGUGUACAACAUGAUGUACGUAUCUCCCAUGGAGAACGCCAUUCCUCCGCGAUUGUUACAGAACAACGGAAAAUCAACUAUCAAAGUAAAUAUAGACAGUUUACCAGCUGAAAAUGGAGAUACAACAAUAGAUGGCAGCCAACCGAACAAGACCGCAGCAUCGAUGCAAAACAAUGACAAUCCCGGCUCGAAUAGCCCCUCAAAUAAAGACGAUACGACUGUAAAUUGUUCCGCGACAGAGGAUGCCGAGGAGGUUGAUGAAAAACAACUUGGCACUCCUACGGAGUUGAAAAAAGCAGAAGCUCCGCUGCCGCCGUCAUUGACAGAACAAAGGGAUGAAGCUACGCCGCCAUCAAAUGUACCGCUUCAGCCGAUUGGCUCUCCCCCACAGCCGAUACAGAACAUAGUGAGCAUGAGAAUGAAUAGCAAUUCGCCUUUGCCAUACAACCAAGGUCCUCAAGUAACAGCACAGUGUUUAGCAUCUUCCUAUGAAGCACCACAGUCGCAAUCUCCUCAACCAAUGUCGUCACAAUCACCGUCAGCGCAUCCUCCCAUACCAAUCAUGGUUGGCUAUCCCGGUCAGAUUUUCAACCGAAUGCAAAGCCGUCGGCCCUCUCCUAACAUUGUCCGCGGCCCGUACAACAUGCCUCCACCAUCAACUCUUCAUAAUCGUGCCUUCAACCCCCACAUUCCGCCACCUUUCCCUACACCACCGCCCUCAGCCAAUGGUCCAAUUCAUCCAACAGGAUACGAUACUCCCGGCGGACCUGGUAACCUUCCGUCAUCGCAACCACCACCCUUCAAUCCAAAUAUGAUGAUGUAUAAUUCCCCUUCGCAACCUCAACAACUUCCAUCUCCUCAUUCGCACCCAAUGGGGCUACCACCGCGCCCACAAAGCUUCAACUACGGCGGACCUACACCGCCGCCGCCGCCCCACAUGAUGAUGAAUCGGAUGCCUAACUGUUUCUCGACCAUUCCACCACCACCUGUAGCUAUGGCCAAUUUUAUUCAUGGCGGGGGUCUGGAUCGAACCGGAAGUCCGCGGGUAGGGUCGCCACGUCAUCUAUUCCGAGUGCCCCCGCCGCAGCAGCAACAACCCCAACAGUUGCCACCGCAGCAGCCUCCAACGACACCGCCCGGAACUCCCUAUAUUUAGACGUAAUUUUUCGAAUUGUACAUACACAUAUAUUUAAGAUACAUAGCUUGAAAGUUUUAAUUGUAUAAUAAAUAUCUAUGAUUGCUAUUGUGUAGAACUGUAACUUAGAAAUAAAGAGAUGAAUUUCAAGUAA